AUGAAUUUGAUGUUUCGGAAGAACUUCAGUACCGAGAAGACGGUUUCGAGCGGAGGGGGUGGGGGGAAGGCCAAGGGGGCAUUGGGUGCAGGCAGGAACGCGAAACGCAGGGAUCGCGACCGGUUCUCAUGCAUGGAGGAGCAUCAUUAUAGAACCCACCUUUUCUUCUCCGCACCAAGGGCCAGUACACAAUACAACGAAGGCUCAGAACGAUGUGGUCCUGUACUGGGUGGGGGAUCAGGUCCAGAGUUGGAGCCCCCACAGCCUCUGGUUACCCGGGAGCCAUCCGUUUCCUUGCUACGAUGGGACAGACCGACCACUACGGAGCGCCGGCGGACGGAACCUGUCUCGCUGGCGACACUGGAACGCGAUUGCUUCGUAAUUCCAGCUCAUGCCUUGAAGCGAUUCCUACCUGAUGGUGUUCCGUUGCCAGUGCCUCCACCAACACCAGAAAAGGGGAUGCCGACAAAAACAGCUCCAAGUUCUCUAAGCGUUUUAGAAGUAGCAGACCCAAAGCUUUGCAUCUUAGCUCACCUAAUGAGCCCGCUAGAGGCCAUAGAACCUAUAUUAGAAUCUCCUCUCGCCAAACCCUUAGUUAAGCAGAAAAUGGCUGCUGGAGAGUUAUUAAAUGACGUAGCACAAGCAAAUACCGCCGUAGGUGGUAUGCUCUUAGCCAAUAUGGAGAAAAACUCUGAAUUCCCAUUCAUAUCAUACUAUGUAAUAAAUACGACACAAACAGAUCCAUUGUUAUUCUAUAAUAAUAUGAGGUGUGCUUCGUUGACUAAGUUUGAUCCUAAGACUAUUCGAUAUUCUGCAGCUCAUACAUUAGAUUUAUACAGUGAAGUGGCUAUGAUCUGUCGACCACCUUUCAAUGACCUGGCUGGUGGACCAAAGAAGUCACAUACGCCUACCACAGGAUUUAUCAUAAGUGUGUAUAAGGUUUUCGAAGGCGAUGAUGGUGAGCGAUUUGAAAGAAACUGGCUUUACUGGACCGGAGCAAGAAUGAUAUAUCGCCAUCUACCGCACUCCGUCGGCUUGCGGAAGAUUGCCCUUCAUAAAUCAGUAGCCACCCAUGGGGAUAAAAUGUACCUGUUAGUUUGUGAAUGCGCGAAUUUGUUGGAUGACCUGUCCGGCGCCGCAAUGUUAAUUACAGCCUUGCGAGCUAGGCUGUGUGGUUACACUGGGCUUUAUCGACCCAUACAGACUUUUUAG